CCACACAUAUUAGGCCCAUUUCCAGACCAGUUCUCUUGACCCAAAGGCCAAUUCCCUUCUUACUAUAACGUUUUAUUUAUACACCAAACCUUCUCAACCAAGCCAUGGAGAAAUCGAAUUCGAAGAAGCCCUCGUCGGCAACAGACGGGUUCUUCCAAGCUUUACCUGUAGUACCGCCGGCAUAUACAUUCACCCAUCAUCCGUCCACUCACCGAAAUCCUCAUGCCGGUUCCGACGACAAAGCCUUCGCAAGAGUCCUGGAGCUUUACCUUCCUCAGAAUUGCUCCGAGGUGGGCAUAUCUAUCGACCACCUCGCUCGUCGCGCCCUUCAACCAUCAAUCCUAGCUUUAGCUGUCGAUGCAGAGAUAAAUCAGCCGUUUGUUCGACCACUGACUACGUUCGGUGAGGAUAACCGGGUCGACCCCUUGUGGACCAGCGAGGGCUGGCGGACACUGAAAACUAUUGGUCAGGAGGAAGGAGUUGUCACGGUGGCAUACAAGAACGAGAACGAGCGAUGGAAUAGGCGAGUCCAUCAGUUCGCCCUGAACCAUGUCUGGUCCGGAAGUGCAGCAAUGACCGGCUGUCCUGCGUCGAUGAGUGAUGGGGCAGUUAAAUUACUUAAAAGACACCUAGAAGACCCUGAUGGUGACCAGCCGGGACGCGCUAAGGUGCUCGAAGAGUCAUAUCGCCGUUUACUGUCUCAAGACCCCAGCGUGGCCUGGACCUCGGGGCAGUGGAUGACAGAGCGAAAGGGUGGAAGUGAUGUACGGGAGACCGAGACGGUUGCGCGACGCCUAACUGCUCUGGAAAUAUCGCAGGAUGAGGAGCAGGGACGGAGCCACGACGCCCACGGCCUGCCAUUGGGGCCAUGGCGUAUCGACGGCUUCAAGUGGUUUAGCAGUGCAACUGAUUCCGAUAUGUCUCUAAUUCUCGCCCAGACUACAAAGGGCCUCAGCCUUUUCUACAUUCCCAUGCGCCGCUGCUCUGGCAAAGAAAAGGGAAGCGAGCUGAAUGGUAUCCGGAUCCAGCGACUGAAGAAUAAGCUGGGCACCAAAUCGCUACCUACCGCAGAAUUAGAGUUGAAGGGAGUACGGGGAUGGCUGGUAGGGGAAGAGGGGAAAGGAGUCAAGGAGAUUUCUACUGUUCUUAAUAUCACUCGACUAUGGACUGCCAGUGGAUCUUCUGCGGGCUGGAGUCGCGCACUGUCUAUAUGUCGGGCAUAUAGUAAGGUUCGCAGGGCUCAGGGGAUCCUCCUUCAAGACAAUCCACAGCACGUACGGUGGAUGGCUGGAGUUACCGUGAACUAUUGGGCGGCAACACAUCUGACAUUCUUUGCCAUCGCCCUUCAGGGCGCAGUUGAGCAAGACUGGGACUCGAUGGUUCGGGGCACAAAGGCUAGUAGGCUGAUCCCACGAGACAAUACACAGGCCGCAUCACUCCUUCGCCUUAUCACCCCUGUGAUGAAGGCGGUAGUAACGGUUAAUUCUGUGAAUGGAAUACGCUCCUGUAUGGAAUGUCUGGGCGGAGUUGGCUAUUGUGAGAACAAUGAGGACGGUGGCUUGCUGAAUAUCGCCAAAAUCUUCCGAGAUACCUGUGUCAACGCCAUUUGGGAGGGAACAGGCAAUGUGAUGGCGGAGGAUGUUGUCAGAGUUAUCACGGACAAACGUCUUGGUGGCGGAAACUUGCUCAGGAAGGUGUUCGGUCCAUGGGCGAGAGAAAUCCUUACUCUCUGCGAGCCGAAGUUCAAAGUGGAAUGCAGCAUCGUAGAGCAGAUUCUUGAUUCUCUGCUAAAGAUGACGCAAUGUCCUGAUAAAGCUGAGCUUUUAUGGCGCGGGAGGGACAUUCUUCAGCAUGUCGAAGUGAUCGUGUGCGCCUGUUUGCUCAUGUACGACGCUGUUUCUAAUGAAAACGAAGUUGCUGCAGAGGUCGCCUCCAGAUGGAUCCGUUCCAAUGCUCUGCCUGGGACCCAGUUCUCUGCACGCCCAUCCAAUCGGCUACAUGAUUCCGCACUGGACAGGAAAAUAUUCCUGGGAGCUCCUGCAACGUUCUCUCACGUCGAACCAUCUAAGUUGUAGAAUACUCUGCUGACAUUGGUGGUCGAGAGUUCAAGCAUUCGAGACGAUCUAGCUGUGGGAUUUGGGCAUUGAAGCAAUCGCUUUUCCUUUGCCGGCCUCUCUGUACAAGCUCAAAUAUACUAACCCUUAGUUCGUUCAAGAGCUCUACCCUCUGCGAUAAUGCCCUAUCUGGAAUUUAUGCAUUUUACAACAGGAAAUAGCAAAACAUUCUAUCGUCAGUUGACAGUAUAUAAAUU